AUGCUUUUUUUGAGCCGUAUCGUAUGUGCAGUGUUCACUACGGGGCAAUUUAGGUGCAAGUAUUUGGGUAUGGGUAUUACGAUCACGCACAACGUAACAGGGAAAGAUAAGCCAAUCCCUUCUUGUAGCGUAUUCAUAAAGCGACAGUUCUUUCCCAUCCGAGGAAUAAACAAUUCAGGUUACCUCAUAGUAAUGGAUGGAUAGCGAGCGAGCACUUAUAUUGUUUACAGAUAAGCUGUAAAUGGGCAGUUUCACCAUACAAAUAGGAAUGGGAGCAGGCUUAAAAAAAGUUUGCAAUGACAGAUUUUAAAUAAUGGCGAGCCGACUCUUGGCUGUAUAUUCCUAACAACGCUAUUGAACCACAGACAGCUGAGCUGUCCUGGAACGGACAGCAAAUCAGUGUCCUGUCACGUGGCUUUCUGUUUUUGUCGAAGUGUGCAAUGGAGUCCAUUUGUGUGAAGGGUGGAACCCUGGACACUCUGAUGGUCACCGUCAAGCAAGAAGAGGAGGAAGAGCAAGAGGAAUCGCUAUCCGAUUCAAAGGCAAUAUCCCUCCUGUGUGUGAAACAGGAGGAGGGCGAAGACAAGGGUUCGAAGGAGCUGUUAGGCCAUUCCCCGCUCUGUUCUGCUAACGCCCAGACUCCAAAGGAAGACCCCGACGCUCCGGCGGGAGAGAGGGAAAGGAAGAAGGUGAGAAGGCGUAGGAGAGAAGCGAAGGCGUGGCCGCCGUCGGUGGCAGCGGAAGGCGGGGCGGGCGGCGACUCGCUGUGGCGCUGCCGGCUGUGCCAGCGCUGCUUCAGCUCGUCCUGGGAGCUGACGGGGCACUGCUGCGCGGGCGCGGCGGGCGGGCCCGACGGCGACGCGGCGGCCAAGCUGGGGUUCUGGUGCCCCGUGUGCGGCGACCGCUUCCUGCGGCCCACCGCCUUCAUCCUGCACAAGCGCAGCCACGUGGGCCAGUCCCGCUACGUGUGCGGGGUGUGCGGCCGCACCCUCAAGACCCUGCGCAGGCUGGCCACCCACCGCCGCUCCCACGCCCGCGGCCCCUUCCUGCCGCACCUCUGCCAGGACUGCAGCUGCAGCUUCCGCAGCCUGAGGGCCCUCCGCCGCCACCGGGCCCGGGAGCACGGCGAGGAGAGGGAGGCGCUGGGCGAGGCCGCGAAGCAGGAGGAGGAGGAGGAGCAGGAGGAGGACGGCUCCGUGCCCAUGCUCUCCUGCGGCUCACCAAACCACUUGCCCCAGCUGUCCCAGACGCCCCAGUGCGCGCGCUGCUUCAUGACGUUCCGGGACGCCGAGACGGCGGAGAGGCACCUGCGCUUCAAGCACCCGGCGGAGUACGAGCGGCAGCUGCGGGGCCGCACCGUGUUCGCCUGCUGCGCCUGCGACCGCACCUUCCCCUCCUCCCGCCUGCUCUCCGCCCACCAGCGCACACACAGCAAGUGGAGCCUGAGCUCGCUGGGCUCGGAGGGCGCCCCCCAGGACAGGAGAGGAGAGGGUGGGGCGCAGGAGGGGCGGGCCGAGGGCAAAGGCAAGCACCUCGCCUCUAACGGCAACAAGAUCAACAAGGGCGGAGCUGGUUCAAUGCGCUGUCGUCACUGCCACAUAAUUUUCGCGGACCCUCGCACGUGGGGGCGUCACAUGACUGCCAAGCACCCCCCGCCCACGUCCGUCCAGGCGACCCCCGGCUGCUUCUCACUCAGGCCGCCGCGGGGCCAGCCGCGUCCCUACAGCUGCUCCACGUGCGGCGAGAAGUUCAUACAGGAGAGUUCCCUGAUGAAGCACCACACCGAGUCGCACGCCAGCUGAACACGAUGGAGCGGAGGCGAAGAACCAGGGCUCGAAUUACAGGGGAGCCAGGGGCAGCUCAGCCCCUGCCUCCUGGAAGAGACUGGAGCUCCCUCAAAAAGAGACCUAAACCCCCCUUGCUUCGUCAUCACACCCCCCCGAAAGCCAGAGUGUGAUUUCAACCCUGGAUUGAACUGAGAGGUAAUGAAGGAAAACAGCAGAAUGGUAACUUUGAGGGAGAAUGAGACAUUGGAGCAUCAGGUCUUCUGUGUAGAAUGUGAUGGAUCCAUGUCUCCAAGGCAGCUGUUGAUACAGAAAAGCAAUUCUGCAAUGUUGACGACCAAAACCAACCCAAAGCUCUGGAAUUUCCGAGAGAGUGUAAAUAAAAAUACUGUGCAAUUUUAAAACUGUCAAAAUAAUCCCUAGCCCACCCACAACCAGAUUGGUUUUGUUCAUAAUAACCCUUUUUUUUUUACUUGGGAGUCAACAACAGAAAGUAAUUAAUUUUCAUUACAUUUCAGGACUGUUGUGGAGUCCAUUUAAAUGGAAACAACAGCAUGCACAUCUUUAUAUGUUAGGUGCUACUCCAAGAAAGGAAUAAUGAUAUUUUUGUGUGAUUGUUGAUUAAUCUGUCUGGUGAUUAAGAGUGAUGACUAUGUGUAACUUCAUUCAUGUUUUUAUUUAUUUUUAUUUUAUUUUUUGCUGCAAUGCCAAGGUGGUGUAUUGAGUUUUAACUGUUAUUCAAAUGUAUAUUUCCUUUGAAUUGGUCAUAAAAAUAAUUUUGACACUCUGACAUACCUGGGUGAUAUAGUAGAGAACUGUAAUGGAAGUCUGAGUCCUCAAGAGCACUAAUAGAC